CUUUUCGACGUCAAGAAAGAAAGACUCGUGAAAAUCUUUGGAUGCUGAUUAGUGGUUAAUUCUAAACACAACAAGAUUUCUGUUGAUAUAAAAUAAGGCAAGGACAUUGGUCCGUUCGGUAUAGACAGCGUGUAGACUCCACUAAUAUAUAUAUACCAUCACAGGUGCUAUAAUUUACUUAGUAUAGUCGCGUACUGCUGUUGGAUAUAUACAUCAUGUGUAGUACGCACAACCGUGUUAGUGGGUAAAUUAAUAAUUACUACUACUCUGAUUGGUUAAUUGUAUCUUACUCAGUGACCAAAACUAGAAAUUGAUAGAUGUCGACGCGGUUUUCCCCAAAUUUUCGCAGCUUUCACUUGAUUGCUAAAUCGGAUUUUUAGCAGAAACCAUGACAGACAACAAAAAAGAAAAGUUUCCGUCGACAUUCACUGUCGACAAUUUCAGCUCGACAACCAAACUUGCCGAUCAUGUGUACAAAAUUCCAGUUGGUAGUGUUGACACACUUGCUGAAAAAGAAUACAGUCCUUAUGAACACAGAAAUGUGGAACAUCCCAACACGUUUUCCGGAGCGUUGAUGCACCUUUUGAAGAGUUCUUUAGGAACGGGGAUUUUAGCCAUACCGAGUGCUGUGGCUGCUGCUGGAAUUGUUAUCGGUGUUGUAGGAACUAUCUUAACUGGAAUUUUGUGUACCCACACAAUUCACUUAUUGAUAUUCGCAUCGCAAGAAAUAUGCAAGAAGGCCAAAGUCCCCAUGCUGGGUUUUGCCGAAACGGCCCAUGCCGUGUUCAAAUACGGCCCCAAGCAAGUCCAACCCUUGGCAAACUUCGCCAGGAUUUUUGUUGACGUAGCCCUCCUUUUGACUUAUUAUGCAGGAAAUGCCGUUUACAUAGUAUUUAUUUGUGGAAGUGUACAAGAUCUUGUAAAUUAUCACUAUGCGUCUGUCUCUGAUUGGCCGAUCCAGUAUUACAUGCUUAUGCUUUUAAUUCCUUUGACAUUAUGUUGCCAAGUCCGGCAAUUGAAACACCUGGUACCAUUUUCUAUAGUCGCAAAUGUUACAAUGGUUACAGCUUUUUUGAUCACACUGUAUUACAUGUUCACUGGAAUCAGUGAUGUCAAAAUGGAAGACCGAAAACUGUUUAAAGAUGCCUCCUUAAUCCCACUUUUCUUCAGUACUGUGUUAUUUGCAAUGGAGGGAAUUGGUACAAUGCUACCAAUCGAAAAUUCAAUGAUUAAACCGCAAUUUAUCGGAUGUCCGGGAGUUCUAAAUAUUGCGAUGAGUUUUGUUGUAACUCUUUACACAAUUAUUGGUUUGUUUGGCUAUAUUAGAUUCGGUGACACGGUCAAAGCGAAUGUCAUUGAGGAAUUACCAAACCACGACAUUGCGGCCCAAGUGGCCAAAAUGUGCAUAGCCAUCGCAGUUUUCUUCACUUUUAUGUUACAAUUCUACGUCCCAUGUGACAUAACAUGGAGGAAACUUGCCCCGAAAAUUCCGGAGAGAUACCACAAUAUUUCCCAAAUUGUGAUGAGGACAUUAUUGGUGUUCUUAGUAACUGGAAUCGCAGCAGCUGUUCCAAAAUUGGACGCUAUAAUCGGCCUAGUGGGAUCAGUGUUUUUCUCCACUCUUGGACUUUUCAUCCCUGUCGUCAUUGACAUUAUUUUGAAUUUGGGUGAAAACGGCGAUUUUGGGUUCAUGAAGUGGCGAUUAUGGAAGAACAUUUUUGUCAUAAUCAUAUCGUGGUUUGCACUGUUUUCAGGAAGUUACUACGCUAUCAAAGGAUUACUCAAUGAUUGAAGUGACCAAAAAUUGUGAUCGUAUACUUAUAGCUUUAAAAAAUAGGUUAAAAAAAAAUUAAUGGAGCCGAAUUAUUUAUUUUGUGAUUUUUUAUUAAAAAAUUAAAUAUU